GCUGAUCAGAGGGAAAUGCAAGUGCCGGGCACUGAUGAUCAGUGCCCUGAUGAUCGGUGCCCAGCAGUGCCACCCGCAAGUUCCGCCCACCUGUGCCCAGCAGUGCGCCCACUAGCUCUGCCCACCUGUGCCCAGCAGAUCACCCAUCUGUGCCCAGCAGUGCACCCACCUGUGCCACUCUGCAGUGCCACCACCUGUGCCCAGAAGUGCCACCUACAUGUGCCCAGCAGUGCCACCCACCUGUGCCCACCCACCUGUGCCCACCCACCAGUGCCCACCAGUGCAGCCCACCAGUGCUGCCAGUCAGUGCCACCAGUCAGUGCCCAGGGGUUGUGCCAGUCAGUGCCGCCAUCAGUGCCGUCUAUCAGUACCCAUCAUCAGUGUCACCUAUCAGUGCCGCCUAUCAGUGCUGCAUAUUAGUGCCGCCUAUCCGUGACACCUCAUUAGUUGCUGCCUAUCAGUGCCCAUCAGUGCUGCCUAUCAGUGCCCAUCAGUGCUGCCUCAUCAACGCCCAUCAGUGAAGGAGAAAAAAUGCCUGUUUGA